AAAAAAACUAGUUCUUUUCAUUCAGAAUGGGUGUGUGCAGGUAUAGAACUUGCUGAAAUACACCUAGAUAUUUGUUAUCCGUGACGAAGGUGCAGUUUUCCAAAAUGGCCACGAUAAUUAUCGCUAUAGAUGAAAGUAAAUUUGCAAGGUUUGCAUUCAGAUGGUAUGCUGAAAACCUUCAUAAAGCAGAAUACAGAGUGAUCUUGUAUCAUGCGGUGGAGAAUCUGUUCAUGAAAGAAAUGAGUCCGGGACGAUUUUCGGAGUUCAACAAACGAACAGAGGAAAAAACGGCCAGACUGAAUGAAAUGUAUAGCCAGCUAGCUCAGGAAUUACAAAUAAAUGCUGAAAUCCAGAUUGAGAAGGUGGAGAGAAAACCAGAACAUGCAAUCAUUGACAAGCUUGAUAAAGAGAAGCCGAAAUAUAUUGUUACCGGAACUAGAGGAAUGGGUGUAAUUAGGCGAACUAUUUUGGGAAGUUUUAGUGAUUUCAUUCUACGUCACGCACAUUGCCCAGUAGUUAUUUGCAAAUUAGAUGAAAAUUAAUUCUUUACACGGCCGCCUACCACUUCCUUGACAAAAAUUAAACACUUCAAAAUUAAGACACCCCUACAACUAUAUCAUAAAAUUCCUGGAUUUUGGAAUUCAAAUUUAAAUUCACAACUAAUUGUCGAUUUCGUAUUGUACAAUGGGAAUGUUACACAGGUUGUUCAGUUUAUAGGCCUGUUAUUACAACCAUUUUCCUAUAAUAUGAAUCGCCAAAAAUAUCUUUUCCCUUAUAAGCUUUAUAAAAUGUAAAAUGCCUGUAUGCUCAAAUCCAUGAGUUCACGCAGUUCAAGGGGGAAAACAGACAAAACACGCACACACAUACACCAAAUUUUGUACAAAUUGCUACUGGUGUAGGGCGUAUGAUAAGUGCAGGUUGCGCUGUAUAACAUUUUUAUCAUGUACAAUUCAUAUAUGUACCGGAAAUUGAACGAACUGCAAGUUGAAUACGAUGUAUACAGUUGUGUAGUCUUUUUAUAAACUGGUAUUUUCUAUCUUAUUUUAUAUUAACUCAUUGAUGUAAGUACAAUACACAUUAAAACAUACGUAUACCACAAUAAAUUUUAGAUACUAAAUCUGAUUACCACUAAAUGUAUUUGAAUAUUAAAAAAGAAGGCACUGGA